GCCAUGAAAUUCCCGAUACCUUUCCGGAACUGCAAUGGAGUCUGGAACCCGCCGAGCCUCCGAAUAAUCCCACUCUCUCGCAACCAAGUUGUCCUUUUAACGAUGUUCAUCAGUUUCCUGGUCAACCAAACGCCGCCUCUAAUACCUUUGUGGACCCACUGCUUGAAGAAUUAUUACUUCAGGAGUGCUUCCCUGACGCCGGAGUUUCAAGUACUUUCCCAGAUGUUAAUGGUCUUGGUGCUCCGGAGUACGUAGAGAACCCGACGACAUCGACCACUGCCAUAUGGCCGGCAAUGGCUUUACCAUCUCCGACGUCCAUCUGUAAAGCGUGUUUGGUCCUUCGUGAAAUAAUUCAUACCAAUGGCUUGCAAAUAUGGAAACUUCAAUUGCAUGGAAGUAUUGGAAUGAUCACUCAUGCAGUCCUAGAGAAACUCUCUUCAGACUUUUCUCUACAUUCACACUACCAAACUUUCGACUUUUGCAAGGAAAGUACCGCUACGGUAAAGCAGUAUUUGGUGAGGUAUUUCGAGGAUCGUAAACAAGAAGGAUACAUUUUGCUUCAAGACCCAUUGUGGGAGUUCUAUGAUGCUAUGAGUGUUGGUUUGGGAGGAGGGACUGAUUUUUUGGACAUUGACUCCUAUUUUGAACUACCUCCUUCAACUUCAGGUGUUAACCAACUAAUGAAUCAACCAAAUCAAAACAAUGCACCAGAGGAUGGGAAUAAGCCCCAAAAGGUCCCUCUUUCUGCUCAGAGAGAAAGAACUGGAAAGUUGAAAUUAAAAGACUUUGCAGGGUACCUUCAUCUCCCUAUAGAAGAAGCAGCAAGGAGAAUGAACAUUUGCCCUACAGUGAUGAAGAAGAUAUGCAGGAGAGAUGGGUUGGUGCGUUGGCCUUACAGAAAGGUGAGAAGCAUCCAAAGGAAAAUAGUGAACAGAUCGAAGAGCUUAUCUGCGAACGACGCGGAAGAGAGGGACCGCGCUCGUGUUGAAAUCCUAGAGCUUCAGCAACAGCUCGCCAACAUUUCUGAAGCAUUCUUUGGUUGA